AGAGGAAGAUCAUAUGACUGGAUACGAAAGUAUCAUCUUUCCUUCUCCAAGAAACAGCAGAAACUUUGAUCUUGGUGCACCAGGUAGAUCUCCUCAUAGACCUUCCCAGACACGCAGUGUCAUCAUCAACAAUGCAGCUAGGAGACCACACUCUGACUUACGCCCAAGUUCUUGGAAUACCAACCCAAGGAGUGGUGUUAUCAUCCAGCAUCUUAAUUCCAUUCCACGGGAUGCAGAACGACCAAGGAUAGUGGAGGUUACUGGGAUUGAAGAAUUGGAUGAAGCGGAUGGCGAUGGUCGAGGCAUCACCAGCCCGGAUUACCCAGUAUCCGAACCUGAAAGGGCUGGUCGAAAUACUGGGUAUCCGACGCUGCCGGUUGACACUGGACCAUCGUUACCGGACAGGGACUAUCACCCUAACAGCGACAGCAGACCGGAUAUCCAUCGUGUGAAUCUGACUGCCGGAGAUGAGGGAGAUCCUCCUGGGGUAACGGUUAUCCCUACAUCCUCACCUCCACCACCUGCACCGCCUCCUCCACCUCUUCCCCAAGCACAAUCCGAGAAUGCCCCCAGUACACAACCGCCCGAAGGGAAUAUAUCAGAGGAUCCUGAAAAUCAAGGACUGCAUAUAGUUCUCAGACGAGCACUUGCAAGGAACUUUGAUACAACUCAACCUAAUCAAGACGAACCUGACCGAUCGCAAGGAGAGGAACCGAGGAGAGUUUCUAGUUUUACACAAACUCGGCACGACCCACUGCAGUCAACUCAAGUACAAACUACACUUGAAAGACCCUCUCGUCGUGGGGACACAAAUGAACGACAAUCGGACAAUCUUAAGAAUACCAAAAGGUCAAGUAAGGGCAUGGAUCAAAGAUCACAACAAAAUCAAGAGGCAGAGAGAAGGUCAGGCAAUCGCAAUAGUGAAUCGUUUGAACACAAUGUAUUUGGGCCAAGAUUUCAUUCGGAUGAUUUUCACUCAUCCCAAGGCUACCAGCCAUCGCGACCACGUUCGCGAGUAGAAACCGACGACUUCCCUCGGCGAUCUUCACGAAUAAUCGAAAAAAUCAUAAUCACAAGAGAAAUCGAUCCAUCUUCUGGUCACCCAAUUGAAUCAGUACCAAUGCAUCCGCCAUCGAGACCCCAGUCAGGACCUAACAUUGUCUACAACAACUCCGUGCGUGUAAGUGGCCGCAGAUCUCGCGGAUGGGGACCAUUUGGUGAAGCGCAUCGACAAUGGUCCCCGCGUGAUGGAAAUGAAAAUUUGGAUCUUACUGGCAUUGUGGCAGGUAUUGAAACUGACACGGACGCUGGAGACGACUACAGCUACGGUUACAUGCCUGGUGAAGUGACAGGACGAAGGGGGAGGACAAACCAAGGUUAUGAUGUGAGUCCUCCAGAAGAACGACGACGUCCUGAGGUUACAAGGAUGCCUUCCGGUCAAACGGCAUUGAAUGAAGGCUUCAAUGUUCCUCCACCUCCGCCAUACACCGAAAGAGAUAUUUCACCACCAAACCUUCGGUCUGCUGGAAGAUCGACUGGUCAUCCUUUGGGUAGAUCAAGUAGAAGAAGAAGUUGGCUAGCAGGUGAUAGUGACAGAUCUUCGACCAUUACUACAGGAUGGACGCAACGGACACGGGUUGUGUUUGCCGUCAUGCUCUUACUGUGCAUCCUUCUCCUUUUGGGAUUGGUCGUCGUUGUCUGCCUUUAUUUUACUGCUGGACCGGGUAAAGACUGUCUAAGUACUGGACCGUGCGAGGAACCAUCAAUUGGAUAUAUCGUCGCAUUUGCUGUUAUCGGAUUUCUAGCAUUCGUUUUCAUGCUCAUUGGCAUCAUCCUCUGCUGUUUCGCAUGUCGGAUAUCCAGAGAGAAACGGAUGCAGAACUACCCGGUCUCGGUUCGUCGGUAACAGCCGCUCUCGAUAAAUUGAAUUGUUAACAGCAGGAAUCAUCCCCAACCGAAUCGGCACAAUGGACCUUCUCAGCAAAUGCGAUGUUCGUAUCAUGUGUGGCUGCAAUUGUCAGCAAACAUUAUACAUCAACUUAAUUUCCUUAAGAAGAGCAUGCAGCAAACCUUUAAUUAAUCGAUCACUUUAAAGGAAUGGAUUCUUUGGUACAGAAGGCAAUUAAAUAAUCUUGAACAUUCACGGUCGAUCCAGUCAGGGUUUUUUUUAAGCAUAAGCAGACCUCAUUAAGUUGUCUGUAGGCUGGAUGGAUGUGAUACAUAUAUAGUUUCACAGUAAACGUACCGGUGGGCUUUUAUUUUGCAUGUAUUUGUUUUAUUUUGGGCUGAAUUCCUAAAUAAAAAAAGUCUUUCAAGUAUAAACAUAUAUAUUAUAAUAUCUCUUUUUAUCUUUACCUCAGUUAUUUCGGUCUUUCACUAAAUGCCAAGGGCGAAUCAAAUUAUAUCAUCCAUGAAAUAUAUUGCAAAAUUGAUUUAUUCAAAGUGUUUAUUCUUUCAUUGCUUGAUUCGCUCUCUCGUAUAUCUUAGAUAUGACGAUGAACCGUGUUCAGAACUUCAUCCCCCCAAAAAAACAUAAAUCAAUUGGGUAUAUUGCACCACUAUAGUUAUUAAAUUUGAUUUUUAUUACAUCUCAAUUCAAUUGUUUAUUACGUAAUUGUAGAAAAUACAAUACUGCCUUGUGUAUUCUAAUGCAAUUGCAGUUUUACGAAUUGAAAUUAGUAUAUCAAACCUAUAUUCAAUAUUUACAGAGUUUUAUAUAUUGUACAGUAUAGACAUUUUUAAGUAUGAUUUGUAUUACUGUAUAGAGAGAAAUUUCGUUAUAAUUAUUUUUACUUUUAUAAAGAGAAUGUUAUAAAAUUUUAAGAUUGGGUGAUGGCGAAAAUUUUUACUGUCCGCAAACUUAGAUCAAAUAAGCAUCAUAUACUGUAAUGUUGCCCGCCUGGGCUUGGGCGAAAGGUUUUUUUUCUGUACCGUAUCCAGCAUCAUUUAUUUGUCUAUGUCCAUCAUAGGAAAUUCGCAUUAAAGUAUAGCAAAAUUAGUUAUACUAUAUUGAUCAUUAUUCGUAGCGAGGGCUAUAAACUUUGCAACAACAAAUUUUACUAUUUAGAUGCACCACUAAUGUAAGAAUGAUAUAUUUAAUCUAAACAUAACACACACAUAAAUUCCAUCUUCAAUCAAAAGAAUGUAAGCGCUAAGCUACCGAACGAGUCGGAAGUAACUUUAGACCUCACAAAUACCAAUUUAAUGAUGAAACUCGUCAUUAUAAAUACAAAAUUGUUAUGUAUAUUUUUGCUUUAAAGCAUAUCUUCCCCGAGUAAUUUGAUACCAUUUUAGGCCCCCAUUCCACAGAACGGAGACCAUUGAAAGACCACUGAAAGACUGAAAAUUGGUGAGGUCUUACAGCGGUCUUCAAGAUCACUGAAAUUUUUCAUCUCUGUGGAAUGGCUCAGAAAGACCCCCUCAAAGAACUCUGAAAGACUGAUGGAUAUUCCUUGUCUUACUGGUCUUAGACUAGUCCUAUAGAGAUCUUUCAAUGGUCUUUCAGAGAUCUUUUAUGCAACAAGUGAUCUUUCAGAAUUCUUUCCAUGGACUUUGCCUGGUCUUUCAAUGAUCUUUGAAUGAUCUUUCAAUGAUCUCUCAUGAGUCUUACAGUGAUCUCCGCGAAAAUCUUGAGAGACUGCCAAAAGAUCAUUGAAAGACUAUAAAGACCUUUGUAAGUUCAUCGGAAGACCGCUGAAAGACUGCUGAAAGACCACUGAAAGACAAUUUUCCUGUAAGACCGUUGUAAGACUGUUUUGAACAGUUUCAAAAAGUUUUGGAGCCCCUGAAGACCACGAAGACCACUGAAAGAUUGGUCAGGACCCGUGUAAGACCUGAAAGACCAUUGUAGGUUAAUUGAGAGACCUCUGAAAGAUCAACCAAAAUUCAUGGUCUUUGAAAGGUCUUUCAGCGGUCUUGCUCUCUGUGGAAUGGCCCCUUUAAGGUGCAUGUUUACGCUUAGAUAUCAUGAUCCAAGAGGCAUUCUUUGGUGUGAUGUAAAUUCGAUCGUGUCAAACCAGUAGCAUCCAUUAUGAAAUGUCCUUUUCAAGUAAAUAAGGAGUAUUGUUGAUAAAUACUUUUAGUAUAAAUUGUGUUAUGUAAGUUUAAUUUAAAAGGUAUUUUGAAAGAAGUUAACGGCAACUCCUGUAGGAUUUUGACUUUAUAAACGUCUGAAAUUCUGACUCAUUCAUUGCAAUCAUACCUUUGGCAGAAAUAGAAUUUUACAAAAUUUACAUCACUGCAAAGAAUACCUCCCGACUGUCCGAACGCAAACAUACACCACAAAAAAAAAUGUAUCCCAUUGUUUGGGAGGAAUGUUUCAGAACUUUUAGGGCAUAUACAGUAUAAUAGUUCUGUGUUUAUGAAUUUCCAUUUAAUUGGCAACUUUUAAUUAAAACGGCUUUUUAAAAAACUAUUUCUGUAUACGUUUAUACUUAAGUGAUAUUAAUUGGUUAGAGUAUUCAUUAUGCGUCGACUCAUAUCUGCGAAAAAUGAAAUCGGUUCGUUGAGCCAUGUCAUGGUGAAACUUACAUUAUUACACGCAAAUUUGCAUUUUUUCCAAAAUAAAUCACAAGUUAUCUUUGGAGUAGAAAGUACUGUGGUUGUCAUUACUACACUUCAAAAAUUCCGGUGUUGAUUUAACACCAGUCCGGAAUCUUAUUAUGUCCACACCAGAGAAGUAGUUAAACAACACCAGUUUGGAAUCAAACCGAUACUGUUUUAAUACUAAUUGAUGUUAAUAUAAACACCUAUCUGGUGUGAACAUAUAUAGAUUCCAGGCUGGUGUUAAAUCAACACCGGAGUUUUUGCAUGACACCUCUCCUGACAACCUAUAUUUUGCAGUGAAAACAAUUCAGUGCUGAAUUUCUGAUGUUCAAAAUUCCAAAAUUUGGAAUAACCCUUUUUAUCCACAUCUUUGACAAAAUAAUCAAAACACAUUUCAACAGAAGCGUAUUGUAAAAAUUUGUUGAAUAAACACAAGAGGUAGUUUUGAUGUCUCAGUUGAGCGGGCACAUAACCGGUAAUUUGAGAAAUGCUUAAAUUAAAUUACGCAAUCAUGUAUCCUGAAAACUUGAAAGUGACAUUUCGCCAUGAAAAGACUUCGUCGGAAUAAGGCAACUUUGCUAAUGACAGAAUAAGAGAUGGGCUUAUAAGGUAUAUUUUCGAGUGUAUAAUCAGCAAUAUCUGAAAGUUUUAUAGAAAAUGAAAGUAAAAGUCUUUAAAGCUCAUGCGAUUCAUAUUGAGGCCUAAAGUUUGCAACCAUGAAGAGAACAGUAGGUGGAAUAGUGAUUUUGAUUUUGAAUCCUGGACAGAGUUGAAUGUGCUCAUUCAUGCAUGACUUGAUUAAUCAAUUUUGUUUUAAACGAAAGUUGUUCUGAAACUAUACUCUCUCAUACUUUUUUGUAGAUAUAACUAUGAUAAUGCUCCUUGUUAUUGUCGUUCGUGUAGGUAGCGCCUUUUCAUCAGAAAAUGCACAAAUCAUUAUUUUAUGCACUUCCAGCAUAUUAUAUUACUCCAUUCAACUUUAUUACAAAAAGUGUUAUGCUACUUUGAUUAAGGGGGAACUUUUAUCAUCAUUCUAUUAUGUUAUCUAUACAAUCAUACAAUCCCAUUAUAUGGGAUGACUCAUCGAUGAAUGAUCGCGACAGGCAAUAACAAUAUCUAUAUAUUUUGCAAAGCAUAUUGCAGUAUGCUUAUUUUAUGCUUAAUUAUUUCAUUAUAAUCAUAUUUUAAUUGUUCUUAUGCAGCUUAAUUAUGAUCUCUUAUAUGAGAAAGUCACUUAAGUAAUAUUUUUACUUUUUGGAAUUGUAAAACAUAAAUUUCUUAUUUCAGUGGUAAUCAUUACACAAAUGGAAAGUUAUCCCUUAUCAAAAUAAAGUCGCCUUUUACUAAAAAGAGCAAGCAAAAUUACAUUUUGCUAAAAAGGUAAAACAAUUAAA